UUGUGAGAAGUUGCUCUGUCCAUUCUCAUUUCCGUCUUCCAUCUCCCUACCAAUAUGAUUAAGCUUGCGCUCCUCAUCCGAGGAACUGCACUGCUCCUUUGCCUAUUGAUCUUCCAAGCAGCAUCCACUUCCCAUGGCCAAGCGAGUGGGUCUGGAACCUGCAUCAGCAGCGAGCGAGAUGCGCUUCUGUCCUUCAAGGCAAGCCUCCUGGACCCUGCUGGCCGUCUCUCGUCAUGGCAGGGUGAGGAUUGUUGCCAAUGGAAGGGAGUCCGCUGCAGCAACAGAACUGGCCAUCUCAUCAAGCUCAACCUCCGCAACAUCGACAUGGUAGACAUGUACGCCAUGUACUACAUGUACGCCACGGGCUACUAUAUGUAUGAGUACGGCUACUACAACUACAAGUACAACUACCCGAACAGGAGCAGAUCAUUGAGCUUGUCGGCAGGCAAGAUGAGCUCUUCUUUGGCUACUCUACAACACCUGAGGUAUCUUGAUCUGAGCUGGAAUGACUUCAACGGCACAAGCAUCCCUGUCUUCUUGUCUUCUCUCAAGAACCUAAGGUAUCUCAACCUCUCGUCAGCACGAUUCAGUGGGAGAAUACCUUCUAAACUUGGCAAUCUCUCAAAGUUGCAAUAUCUUGAUCUCAGUAGGAAUUAUGAUUAUUAUGGGAAUUGGUCUUACAUAGUGGAUCUUGCAUGGUUGCCACGUCUCUCUUUGUUGAGUCAUCUUGACAUGAGCUAUGUGGAUCUUAGCUCUGCGAGGGAUUGGUUUCAAAUGGUUAACAUGCUUCCUUCUCUGAAAGUGCUUCGCUUGUCCGAGUGUGGACUCAAUGGUACUGUAUCUGCUAGUAUAUCAAUUUCCAACCUCACACAUCUUGAGGUCCUAGAUGUGUCUGAUAACACCUUCAGAAUACCUUCCCAAUUUGGCAAUCUCUCAAAGUUGCAAUAUCUUGAUGUGAGUUGGAAUUUUUAUCCCAAUGUGGAUCAUGCAUGGUUGUCACGUCUCUCUUCGUUGAGCCAUCUUGACAUGAGUUCUGUGGAUCUUGGUUCUGCGAGGGAUUGGUUUCAGAGUGUUAAUAUGCUUCCUUCUCUUAAAGUGAUUGGCUUGUCCAGUUGUGGACUCAACAGCACCAUGUCUGCUAGUAUAUCACUUUCCAACCUCACACAUCUCGAAGUCCUUGAUAUGUCUGGUAACAACUUCUAUACUUCACUCAAGCAUGCAUGGUUUUGGAAUCUCAAAAGCCUUAAGGAGCUUUACCUCUCCUAUUCCAACUGGAUAGGGUCUAUUCCUAGUGAUUUGGCAAACAUGACGGCCCUUCAAGUCAUAGAUUUAAGUGCGAAUCAGCUCGUGGGUUUGAUACCAGAAAAAUUGGAAAAUUUGUGCAAUUUGACCAGAAUGAGGUUCAGUGGUAACAACAUAGGUUCGAGCAUAGGGGAGUUCAUGAGGCGAUUACCAAAGUGCUCAUGGAAUACAUUGCAAGAAUUUUCGGUGCAGGAUGCAAAUAUGACCGGGAAUCUACCCAGUUGGAUUGGUAACAUGACCAAUCUCAGUGUUCUUCAUGCACCUGAAAACAUGUUGAGUGGCCCUCUACCUGUAGGAGUUGGAGCACCGAGUAAUUUGAAAUGGCUGAUCCUUGGGAACAAUAACUUCAGCGGUGUGCUCUUGAAAGAACAAUUUGCAAAUUUAGGAAAAUUAGAGCUUUUGGACCUCAGCCACAAUAACUUCAGCGGUGUGCUGUUGAAAGAACAAUUUGCAAAUUUAGGGAAAUUAGAGUUUUUGGACCUCAGCCACAAUAACUUCAGUGGUGUGCUAUUGAAAGAACAUUUUGCAAGUUUAGGCGACUUAAAGAUUUUGUACCUUAGCUGCAAUAACUUCAGUGGUGUGCUCUCCAAUGAACAAUUUGCAAGUUUGGGCAACUUAAAGCUUUUGGACCUCAGCGGUAAUAACUUUAGUGAUUUUCUCUUGAAGGAACAGUCAGCAAGUUUAGAUAAUUUAAAGCAUUUGGACCUCAGCCAUAAUAAAUUAAAUAGUGUGCUCGUGGGGGAACAUUUUACAGGCCUAUUAAAUUUAAAGUAUCUGGACUUGUCGUACAACUCUGUGAGAUUAGCUAUCAACCAAAAAUGGGUUCCUGCAUUUAGGUUGAGUUACGCAAUAUUCCGGUCAUGUCAAUUGGGCCCUAGAUUUCCUGAGUGGCUUAAAUGGCAAUCUGACAUUGAUGUCCUUGUUCUCAGUAAUGCCAAUCUUGACGAUGUGAUUCCUGAUUGGUUUUGGGUUACAUUUUCCCGAGCUUCCUUCUUGCAAGUAUCAGGAAACAAAUUGCAUGGGUCAAUACCAUCAGAUCUACAACACAUGUCAGCUGAUCAUAUAUAUCUUGGAUCCAAUAAGAUUACAGGUCAAGUCCCACAGUUGCCUAUAAAUAUAGUACGACUGAACCUAUCUUCAAACUCUUUAUCUGGUUCAUUGCCAUCAGAGUUAAAUGCUCCACUACUCGAAGAGUUGUUGCUUGCAAACAAUCAAUUCAUAGGCACCAUCCCGUCGUCUAUAUGCCAAUUGACUAAACUGAAAAGGUUGGACCUAUCAGGAAACCAGUUAACAGGAGAUAUUAUGCAGUGCCAAAAGGAACUUGCUCCAAACUCUACAGAUCAAUUUGGCUCUGACAUGCUGAGCUUAGCCUUGAAUAACAAUGAUCUCACUGGUGAAUUCCCUAAAUUUCUUCAAAGGUCAUCAGGAUUAAUGUUCCUUGAUCUUUCUUACAACAGGUUAUUUGGAGGACUGCCAGAAUGGUUACCCCAAAAAGUGCCACAGUUGAAAAUAUUAAGAGUGAGAUCAAAUAUGUUCAGUGGUCAUAUUCCUAAGAGUCUCACUUCCCUUAAUGGUCUUCAUUAUUUGGAUAUAGCACACAACAACAUAACAGGAAGCAUGCCAUGGUCUUUAUCAAACCUCAAGGCAAUGAUGACAGUGGUGUCGCAGGACACAGGGGAUUACAUUUAUGAAGAGAGCAUCCCAGUAAUCACAAAGGACCAAAAGCGUGACUACACCUUUGCAAUUUACCAGUUACUGGUAGUUCUUGAUUUGUCAAGUAAUAGUUUGGAAGGACAGAUUCCAGAGGAGAUAACUUUGCUCAUUGGGCUUACCAAUCUGAACUUGUCAAACAAUCAAUUCACAGGAGCAAUCCCAAACAAAAUUGGUGAUUUAAGGCAGUUGGACUCACUCGAUCUGUCCUUCAAUGAAUUUUCUGGUGCAAUACCACCAAGUUUGUCAGCUUUAACUUAUUUGAGCCACUUGAACUUGUCGUACAACAAUCUGUCCGGUGCAAUACCAUCCGGACAACAGCUGCAAGCUCUUGAUAACCAGAUGUAUAUCUACAUCGGUAACCCUGGUCUUUGUGGAGAUCCUGUUAGCAGGAACUGCUCAACACAUGACGCAGAGGAAAGUGGCCUCGAAGAUAUAGAUCAUAUGCCAUCUGUUUAUCUUUCCAUGAGCAUUGGAUUUGUGGUGGGUCUGUGGACAGUUUUCUGCACCAUGUUGAUGAAGAGGACAUGGAGGGCUGCCUUCUUCCAGUUUGUUGAUAUGAUGUACGACAUAGUUUAUGUGCAAGUUGGUGUAAGGUGGGCUCACAUGAUGGAGAAAACUCAAGACGGUGCACCAUGAAGUGCCCAACUCCACAACAAGCGAAUUUUUUGUAUCCAAAUGCUAUUUGUAUGUUGGCACCAUAUCUCUAUUUGUAACCCUAAAGGGGCCUUGGCUGGAGGUAUGUAUUGUACUGAUGUACUGGUAUUUUUAUGUUUGUACUGUAACAAAUGA